CCGCCCGCCCCCUCCGCCGUCCCCCGGCCCCGGAGCAGCGAGGCCCCGAGCGGAGCGGAGCGGGGCAGCGCCGGGCAUGGGGCGCGGUUCGGCGGGACCGCGGCCCCUCCGCGCCCCCCUGCGCACCCCCCUCUGCUGCCUCCUCGGCCUCCAGCUGCUGCUCGGCGCUGCGCAUCCAGACUCUAAAGUCUUUCUCAUCUACAACACGGGCCUGCAGGGCUGCCUGGAGACGAAGGACUCACUGGUGCGAGUGGCCAAGGGCUGCAACACCAGCACCCCAGCCCAGCAGUGGAAAUGGGUCUCACGAAAUCGCCUCUUCAACGUGGGGGCCAUGCAGUGCCUGGGGGUGUCGUGGCAUGGGGCCAACGCCACGGCGGGGCUGCACCCCUUGGCCACCUACGAGUGCGACCGCGAGUCCGUCAACAUGCGCUGGAGCUGCCGCAGCCUCGGGGAGCAGCUCUCCCAGCAUCUCGGCGCCCGCCCGGGCAAUUCCUCCCUGGACAGGGGGGACCAGGCACGUGGCUCGCAGUGGAGGACGUACGGCACCGAGGAGGACCUGUGCUCCGUGCCAUACUCGGAGAUCUACACCAUCCAGGGCAACUCUCACGGGAAGCCCUGCACCAUCCCCUUCAAGUACGAUAACCAGUGGUUUCACGAGUGCACCAGCACGGGGCGGGAGGACGGUCACCUCUGGUGUGCCACCACCCAGGACUACGGCAAGGACGAGCGAUGGGGCUUCUGCCCCAUAAAGAGCAACGACUGCGAGACCUUCUGGGACAAGGACCACCUCACCAACAGCUGCUACCAGUUCAACUUCCAGUCGACGCUGUCGUGGCGGGAGGCCUGGAACAGCUGCGAGCAGCAAGGGGCCAACCUGCUGAGCAUCACCGAGAUCCACGAGCAGACCUACAUCAACGGGCUGCUGACGGGGUACAGCUCCACGCUCUGGAUUGGGCUCAAUGACCUGGACAUCAACGGCGGCUGGCAGUGGUCAGACAACUCCCCCCUCAAGUACCUCAACUGGGAGAGCGACCAGCCCGACAACCCCAGUGAGGAGAACUGUGGGGUGAUCCGCACCGAGUCGUCUGGGGGGUGGCAGAACCGCGACUGUGGCAUCGCCCUCCCCUACGUCUGCAAGAAGAAGCCCAACGCCACCACCGACCCCUUUCUGACAGACUCGUGGUCCGAGGUGAAGGUGGACUGCGAGCCCAGCUGGCAGCCCUUCCAGUCCAACUGCUACCGGCUGGUGGGAGAGAAGAAGAGUUGGCAGGAGGCAAAGAAGACCUGUCUGCGGAGCGGGGGGGAUCUGGUCAGCAUCCACACCCUCUCCGAGCUGGAGUUCGUCACCAAGCAGGUCAAGCAAGACGUGGAGGAGCUCUGGAUUGGCCUCAACGACCUCAAGCUGCAGAUGAACUUCGAGUGGUCGGAUGGGACGCCCGUCAGGUUCACGUACUGGCACCCCUUCGAGCCUAACAACUUCCGUGACAGCCUGGAAGACUGUGUGACCAUCUGGGGACCGGAAGGGAGGUGGAAUGACAGCCCGUGCAACCAGACCCUGCCCUCCAUCUGCAAAAAGCCAGGUCGGGUGAGCCAGGAGAAGGAGGAGGAUGACCACGGGUGCCGAAAGGGCUGGAAGUGGCACAGCCCCUCCUGCUUCUGGCUGGGCGAGGACCGCGUCCCCUACAGCGACGCCCGCAAGACGUGCUCCGACUAUGGCUCUACGCUGGUCACCAUCACCAACAGGUUUGAGCAGGCGUACGUCAGCAGCCUCAUCUACGGCUGGGACGGGGAGUAUUUUUGGACGGCACUGCAGGACAUCAACGAGACGGGCGCUUUCCGCUGGCUGAGCGGCGACGAGGUGAUGUACACCCACUGGAACCGCGACCAGCCCGGUUACAACAAGGGCGGGUGCGUGGCCCUGGCCACCGGCAGCUCCAUGGGGCUGUGGGAGGUGAAGAACUGCAGCACCUUCAAGGCCAAGUACAUCUGCCGGCAGAACCUGGGCACCCCGGUGAACCCCGAGCUGCCCGGGCCGUUCCCCACGCCCAGCCUGACCGCCGCCUGCCCCCCGGGCUGGAGCUCCGACCCCAAGCUCCGGCACUGCUACAAGGUGUUCAACUCCGAGAAGCUGCAGGAGAAGAAGCCGUGGGUGGCGGCGCAGGAGUUCUGCCGGGAGCUGGGCGCCCAGCUGCUCAGCCUGGGCAGCUAUGAGGAGGAGCAUUUCGUCGCCAACACCCUCAAUAAGAUUUUUGGGGAGUCGGAGCCGGAGCUCCAUGAGCAGCACUGGUUCUGGAUCGGCCUGAACCGGCGGGACCCCACGGGCGACCGGAGCUGGAAGUGGAGCGACGGGCUGGGGUUUUUCUACCACAACUUUGACCGCAGUAACUACGACGACGACGACAUCCGGACGUGCGCAGUGCUGGACCUGGCCUCCCUGCAGUGGAUGCCGAUGCAGUGCGAAGCCCAGCUGGACUGGAUCUGCAAACUGCCCAAAGGUGCUGACGUGAAGGAGCCAGAGAUCACCACCCAAGGUAGCAAAGAGUGGGUGAAGUACCAGGAGGCCGAGUACAAGUUCUUUGAGCACCACUCGACGUGGGUGCAGGCCCAGCGCAUCUGCACCUGGUUCCAGGCGCACCUGGCGUCAGUGCACGGCGAGGCCGAGCUGCGCUUCCUGGGACAGAACCUGCAGAAGUUCUCCAGGGGCCAGGAGCAGCACUGGUGGAUCGGGCUCCACACCUACGAGAACGACGGGAGGUUCAAGUGGUCCGACGGGUCCCUCCUCAACUUCGUCUCCUGGGCGCCGGGCAAGCCCCGGCCCAUCUCCAAGGACAAGAAGUGCGUGUACAUGACGGCCAGCAGAGAGGACUGGGGGGACCAGAAGUGCCUGACGGCACUGCCCUACAUCUGCAAGCGGAGCAACGGGACGGCCACCAAGCCUUCGCCCCCCCCGCUGCCCGCUCCCGUGAGCGGGGGCUGUCCCCGCGGAUGGGUCCCCUUCCUCAGCAAGUGUUUCAGCUUCAAUGGCCACGACAAAGCUGAGAUAGUGAAGUGGCCUGAGGCGAAGCAGGCGUGCGAGAGCCAGGGUGCUGUCCUGGCCACCAUCGCCAGCCCCCUGGAGCAGGCUUUCAUCACGUCCAUGCUGCCCAACAUCUCCUUCGACCUCUGGAUCGGGCUCCACGAUGCGCAGAGGGAGUUCCGCUGGGUGGAGGGCGAGCCGCUGCGGCACGCGAGCUGGGCGCCUGGGGAGCCCUCGGGCUGCAGCACCCCCGGCCCCCGCGACAAACCGACCAACUGUGUGGUGGUGUGGCACGGCUCGCCCCCCCUUUUCACGGGGCGCUGGGACGACCGGAGCUGCCUGGAGGAGAAGCACGGCUACAUCUGCCAGCGGAGCAUAGACCCGUCCCUGAGCCCCGCACGGACGCCGUACCCCCCCUCGCCCACCGGCACCCUUUUUUACCACAACAGCACUUACCGCAUCCUGCAGAAACCCCUCAGGUGGCACGAGGCCCUGCUGCUCUGCGAGACCCUCAACGCCACCCUGGCCACCAUCCCUGACCCCUACAGCCAGGCGUUCCUCACCCAGGCCGUCAGCAGCCUGCGGGCUCCGCUCUGGAUCGGCUUGGCCAACGACGAGGGAGGCCGGAGCUACUCAUGGCUGACGGAGGAGAACGUGUUCUACACCAACUGGCAGGACGGGGAGCCCCAGCAGGUCGCCGGCUGCUCCUACAUGGACGUGGACGGGAGCUGGCGCACGGCCGGCUGCGACACCAAGCUGCAGGGCGGCAUCUGCCAACUGCGAGCAGGUGCCGCCCGCCCGCACAAGUGGAGCUACAGCGGCAGCUGUCCCAAAUCGCUGGAGGACUCGUCCUGGAUCCCUUUCCGGGAUCACUGCUACACCUUCCACAUGGAGAUCACCCUGGGGCAGAAGGAUGCCAUGAGGAGGUGCCAGAAAGUCGGUGGCACGGUGUUGUCCAUCCAGGAUGAGAUGGAGAACGUCUUCGUGUGGGAGCACCUCCAGGCGUACGAGGGCCCAUCCAAGGGCGCCUGGCUGGGCAUGAGCUUCAACCCCAAAGGUGGCACCUUGGUGUGGCACGACAACACUGCUGUCAACUACUCCAACUGGGGCCAGCACGACACGGGGCCCAGCAUGCUCAGCCAGAACAGCUGCUACUGGAUCCAGAGCAGCAACGGCGUGUGGCGCCUGGGCUCCUGCACCAACGUCACCAUGGGGGUCAUCUGCAAGAUCCCCCGAGUGGAGGAGAGCAGCUUUUCCAGGGCAGCUCUGCCGGAGAACACGACGGCCAUCGCAGUGGUGGUGCUGUCGACGCUGGCGCUGUGCGCCAUGCUGGGCAUCGCCGUCUACCUGUACAAGCGUCGGCGGAGCGCGGAGCGAGGAGCCUUCGAGAGCGCCCGCUACAGCCGCACCACCUCCAACCCCAGUGAAUCUGCCGAGAAGAACAUCCUGGUGUCGGACAUGGAGAUGAACGAGCAGCAGGACUAACGGCAGGGGGGACGCUGGGGAUGGGGACCUGGGGAGGGGGGAGGACGGGGCGCAUCACGCGCUAUCCCCGCGGCGCAUGGGGCAGGGGGGAGCAGGACCGGUGCGGCAGGGCAGAGAGAGGGGCUGGGGUCGGGGUUGGGGUCGAGCGGAGGGAGCUGGGGUUCCUCCUGCCCCAUGGGUCGCUGUCGCCAUCUCCAGGCUCGUCCCCGGCUGCCGGGAUUUGUCCUGCAGCAACCGUGGAGGCGGUUUCAGGGCUAAAAAGUUUUGAGGAAAAUUGCUCCCACUGGUUCAAGAGCUUUAUGGCGGUGUGAACAGGCUCCACAACACCUUCCUCUUGGGUGGUGGGUGUGCAGGGCCCCAUGACGGGCUUGUUCCCCCCAGGAGCCGAGCUGGUGGCCAAGAAGACAUCCUCCUGGGCAAGAGGUCUCUAAAGCCGAUCUACCUCCUCUCCACACAGCAGCGAGGGCCCUACCAGCCCCCCAGUCCCCACCAGCUGUCCCCGUCCUUGACAUCGUCCCCCACCUCCGGCAGAAAGCAGCGGAGCUGCCGUCGCAGCGAUCCAAGCACGGAUCCCCCCCAGCAUCAGCAUUGGGACCCCCUCUCCUCCCUGGCGCAUCCCCAGGGCUGCAUCCAGCCCCGGCGGGGCUGCGCUGCUCCCCGCUUUCUGUUACUUUGGUGUGUGUGUCCCCCAAAUAACUGCACGUGAUGGCACCGGAGCAAACCGCUGGCCAGGCCCCUCUCUGGCGGGAGCCCCCCGACACCCCGGGCUCCACCGGAGGAGCUCGGUGCCACAGCAUGAGGUGCUGCCAGGGCCACCAUCUGUCCCUUGCCUGGCAGGGACAACGGGGCUGGGGUCACUCGCUGCUGGGUGCCGCAUUCGGGCCAGGAGGAUGAGCAUCAGGGCCACAGGGUGGGGAGCGAUUUGGAAGCUUUGGUGGUUACUUUGAAAGUUUGGUGGUUCUUGUUUUGAUUGUUCUGUUUUUUUAAGGAAACGAUAGCUUUUUUUGCUAUACUGUAUUGAGUGCGUGCUGAAUAUAUACGUUCUUUCACACAGCUAGCUGGGGUGUUUCUGGUUGCUGUUUGACGUGUAGAGGAGGAGGAAGGCAGCGCAGGGCUAAGCCUGGCUUUAGACCUGUGCAGGAAGGAGCGGGGCACCCAAGGUGGAGCUUUUCUCCUCCAUCCCAGUGCUGGGGUGAGAGGAUGCCUGGAGACAGCAAGAGACAUUCGGGCCCCAAGGGGGUUUCCCUGCUGGGAAUGGGACCCAAAGAGCCCCCCAGACCUCUGAAGUGGGGUGGCACAGCCCCUACGAGGGACAUUGCGUUUAGUCCUCUGCCUCCGAGGCUCGAGUUGGGUUUUUAUUUUCAUUGUGACGACGAGAACUAGCUAAGUUUUGUUACUCUCUCCUUUUUGACACCUGCGUGGAUUUUAAAAUCUGUUGAUUUCACUUAAGCUGGACAUUAAGUGUUUAAGAAACUGUUGGGGGGUGGGACGAGGGAACACGGGAUCGUUGGGGUUUUGUUUUCUUUUUGGCAAUGUCCAAAAGCUGCCACGACGUUUCAGGGUGAGCGAGAAUCUGGAGCACACAGAGCUGCCCCGGCUCCGUUUCUCUCUCUUUGGCUGUCUCUGUAUUUUCUUUCCUGAGGUCCUUUCUGGUGUGGAGCUGUCGGUUUUGUCCAGGGGCCCGUGGCUUUCCCAGCGUGGCUGUUGGAUCCUGAAAAGCCGAGCGUGGAUUCCUCCUCAUCCCCAGCACGUGUUGAUGUGCCGCGCUGGGAAGGCAUUGGCAUCGCUGGUUGGAAUAGCGGGAGGGAUGCUGAGCCGGACGGGGGCGGAGGUGCUGGAUUAACCCCUCCUGGCUGAGCUGAGCUCUUGGGAAGUCCUAAAAAAUCAAGGUGGAGGUUCAGACGGGUGGGAAGGAGCGGGGGAAGAGCGGUGCUGGGGUGGAGGGCGCGGGGGAACGGUGGGGUUUGUUGGGAGACGCGGCGGGUACGGCCGGGAUGGGUGAGUGAACACCAAGUGCUGGGUGUAGGAGGAGAUUCCAUCACCAUGCGGGAGGGAUGGCGCCCGGCUUUCACACAGCCCUCAACGCUUCGGUUCAGAACGCUUCCUUUCUUAGUUUUGUUUGAUUUUCUUCUCGGUUAAUUUGUUCUCUUGUCUCCUUCGCUCUCGAGAAGAGAGAUCUGUACAAUCUAAGGGAAAUUUUGUAUGAGAAGAGUUUCAUCAGCUGUUGGCAGCAAUCAGGAUUACGGGAAAAACGCAUAUAUGGUUAAGUGGUAUUUCCUAUCACCAUUAGAAUAAUGUGAAGAAUUGCUUACGAGGACCCUGUCAAUUAUAUAUAUAUAUAUAUAUAUAUAAAAUAUAUAUAUAUAGUUUUGCAUUUUUUUACUCUCUGUGGUUUGUAAGAUCCUUUUAGAAGCUUGGAAAUAAAAUUUCCUUCCCCAA